UCCAGGUGCCCUGGCGAUGGCUGGCGCCGGCAGGAAAAGGCCGCGAGCCCUCCGCCCGCCGCCGUGCGGCGCGCCGCAAGCUUCCGUUGCCGUUAGCGGGGAUUUAAUUAAGCCGGGAGCUAUAAAUCCCUGAGCCACUGGGGGGAGAUUGUGAACGCGCGCUCUGGGAACUGAAUAAAUGGCUGGAAGGGAAAAAUUCAGCUUUUCGAAGCGAGCAGAAAAUGUCUUAACUCAUGCUUCUUCCAGUGAUUCACAGAUGCCCUGGUCUCGGGUUUAAUUGAAUUCUAUGAAGUGGCAAUAUCACACUUGACAGCCUGCUGAGUUGACUGCCUUUUUAAAUAAGUGGUUUUGAGCAGCCAUGUUGACCUUUAAUUGGGGUGAAAAGGUUGAAAAGUGCAGGAGGGAACAUUGCGAGAGCUGAGCCCCUUUGGACCCGGCUGUCUGGACCCCAUCUUUGCUUUAUUGGGUAGAAGCAGCCCUCUGGGCCUGUGGACAAUAAAAGAAUAAAUCAGACUUCACAGUUCCCAGCUAGUACUUAGCCAUGUCACUCACCCCGGACAAACACCAACGAAUACAAUUUUUAAUAUGACCAAAGGUAGAAAAUCGUCUGAGAGUUGCCACUAAUGUAGAUAGGUAGCCAAUUGUUUCUAAGGCUCUCUUUAAGUGGCUUUCUGUCUGUAUCCUUAUUCUUACUAAUCAUGUUUAUGUAAAACUAUUUUAGUGCUCUUAAAAAAAAAUCAAAACAAAACACUGUGUGUUUCUCAGUUCCUCAGACACAGUGAUGGUGUUUAGACUAUGUUAUAUCCCAACACUAGUAGUACAUUUCUCAACUUAAGAUGGGCUCCUGUAAGUAACAUCACUCCCUCCUCCAGCUGUCUUGGUUGGAUAUUGAACAAGUUGAGAUGGCUCUUAAUGGCCGCAGCCAUCUCAUUUAGUACUAUUUUGUGGAAUAGCUUAUAAAAAUGCACAUGAUGCUCUCUGCCAAUAUUUAGAAGUAUAUGCAUGAGGUGAAUGGUAGGUAAAGAGCAGAGAAUGCAAGAGAAACAGCACAGUGGUGGUACUUGCCUCCAGUCCCAACACUGUGGUUUAGACUGACAGAUCUCAAGUCUGGACCAGCCCUCAAGAUAUAGUAAGACCUUGUUUCAACAAACCACCACCAGCAGAAGCAUGGAAACAAGUCUGUCCUGGAAACUGCUGAGUUAUUGUUUCCGUGGGAGAAGGCAGAACUAAUCAUGGUUCUAUGUGAGAUGUUGAAACCUAAUCCUGGGUCCUGCUGUACAGAGGAAUUGCCUGGGACCAGAAAGGCCCAGUUGUGAAAAUUAAAAUCUCUGGGCUACUUUAAACAGGCCCCAGAAUAUCCUCUGUUUGCUCUGGUCCACUGAAAGCUGCCUGCCAGAAAAGGAUCAAUAAUUUUUGUCUCUCUUGCUAAAGGAAUAUGCAGCUAUGUAGUUUUAUUUAGACAGACUAUUGACAGGGAUAUACAUUGGAAGAAACCAAAAGUCAGCUGGAAUAGUUCCUGAAUGAGAUUUUAUUCCUGUUUGCAGUUGUUUUGAGGGGGCAUACCUUCUGGAUCAGGUCUGUGUGGCUCUACAAGUAGCAGGACUGGAAUUAAAAUGCUCUGGUUUCAAGGAAAUAGCCUGAAGAUUGCCAAAUCCUCCUUCCGACUCUUGAGAAAUCUCUCUGCCUCUAACACAGCUCUGCCUGUGCUGACCUUAUUCACAAAGGAUCCAUGCCCACUGUGUGAUGAAGCUAAAGAAGUACUCCAGCCUUAUAAAGACAGGUUUAUUUUACAGGAGGUGGACAUCACACUUCCAGAAAAUUCUACUUGGUAUGAAAGGUAUAAAUUUGAUAUCCCCGUCUUCCAUUUGAAUGGCCAGUUUCUGAUGAUGCAUCGAGUCAAUACCUCAAAGCUUGAAAAACAGCUUCUGAAACUUGAGCAGAACGUGCUGGAGACAAACUGAUGUCUUCUGACUGAUGCAAGUAUCCAGAUGAGAAGUUUACUUAUAGGCAUCUUGUGAACUAAGAAGAAUACAUUGUAGAACGGGGGAAGCUGGAGGAACGAAGAGGUCUAUUUUUUGAGUUUAUUUUUCCCUUUUGUGACUGUGGGUGUACUUCUCAUGCACAGGACAGUGCCCUGAUAGGGAGCAGGCUCUGCAGUCCUGCUGCCGAGCAGCCCUGGAACCUAACUUUAUCGAAGUAAAUGCUCUUACACUCAUUAAAGUGGAAUGUGAAUUGUUAAUAACUGUGCAUAGAGAAAGGGAUGUUUUAACGAACACAUCUGCAUGCAGCCUAUUUUAGUGGAAUUUAAUAAUGCCUGUUUAAAAUUAGUGUUCACUUUUGUUGAGUAGAAUAGAAUAAUUGCCCUAGCCAAAAAGGCUUCACUUUAAAAAGACAAAAGAAACUUAAACCUGCAGACUUUGUAUAGCAGACUCAGAUGUGCAUACCAUCAUGGAAUUGAUUUGUAAUGUUGAGGAAUGCAUUAAGUUAUCAUCAAUUAAGUUAAUUCAACUAAUUGUAAGAUAGUAACUGUCAAAUUUUUGUAUCUUGGAAAUUUUUAUUUUAAUCAUAACUGAAAUAUCUAAGCAUAAAGUAUCAUUUUAUAUAAAGUAUUAAACAUGUGGUUUUGUACUCUGA